AUGGCGGGCAGCCCGGGCAGCGAGGCCUCCUUGGAGGGUGUAUCCCUGGGCUCUUCGGAGGAGGCCGAUCUCCGGAGGGAAGCCAUGCAGCAAGUUCUGGACAACCUGGGAUCCCUCCCCAAUGCUACAGGAGCUGCAGAACUGGACCUGAUCUUCCUUCGAGGCAUUAUGGAAAGUCCCAUAGUAAGAUCCCUGGCCAAGGCGCACGAGCGGCUGGAGGAGACCAAGCUGGAGGCGGUGCGGGAUAACAACCUGGAGCUGGUGCAGGAGAUCCUUCGGGACCUGGCACAGCUGGCAGAGCAGAGCAGCACAGCCGCAGAGCUGGCCCGGAUCCUCCAGGAGCCUCACUUCCAGUCCCUCCUGGAGACCCAUGACUCUGUGGCCUCAAAAACCUAUGAGACACCACCCCCCAGCCCUGGCCUGGACCCCACCUUCAGCAACCAGCCAGUACCUCCAGACGCAGUACGCAUGGUGGGCAUCCGAAAGACUGCUGGAGAGCAUCUGGGCGUGACGUUCCGUGUGGAGGGCGGUGAGCUGGUGAUUGCACGCAUUCUGCACGGGGGCAUGGUGGCUCAGCAAGGCCUGCUGCACGUGGGUGAUAUCAUCAAGGAGGUGAACGGGCAGCCUGUGGGCAGCGACCCUCGUGCGCUGCAGGAGCUCCUACGCAGUGCCAGCGGCAGCGUCAUCCUCAAGAUCCUGCCCAGCUACCAGGAGCCCCAUCUGCCCCGCCAGGUGUUUGUGAAAUGCCACUUUGACUAUGACCCUGCAAGAGACAGCCUCAUCCCCUGCAAGGAAGCGGGCCUGCGCUUCAGUGCUGGGGACUUACUGCAGAUUGUAAACCAGGAUGACGCUAACUGGUGGCAGGCAUGCCAUGUAGAAGGGGGCAGCGCUGGGCUCAUCCCCAGCCAGCUGCUGGAGGAGAAGCGGAAAGCCUUUGUCAAACGGGACCUGGAACUGACACCCACCUCAGGGACCCUAUGUGGCAGCCUUUCAGGAAAGAAAAAGAAGCGGAUGAUGUAUUUGACUACCAAGAAUGCAGAGUUUGACCGCCAUGAGCUGCUCAUUUAUGAAGAGGUGGCCCGCAUGCCCCCCUUCCGCCGGAAAACCCUGGUGCUGAUCGGAGCUCAGGGUGUAGGCCGGCGCAGCCUGAAGAACAAGCUCAUCAUGUGGGAUCCAGAUCGAUACGGCACCACGGUGCCCUACACAUCCCGGAGGCCCAAAGACUCAGAGCGGGAAGGCCAGGGCUACAGCUUUGUGUCCCGCAGCGAGAUGGAGGCUGACAUCCGUGCUGGGCGCUACUUGGAACAUGGGGAAUACGAGGGCAACCUGUAUGGCACGCGUAUUGACUCCAUCCGGGGUGUGGUUGCUGCCGGCAAGGUGUGCGUGCUGGAUGUCAACCCCCAGGCAGUGAAAGUGCUGAGAACAGCUGAAUUUGUCCCUUAUGUGGUGUUCAUCGAGGCCCCUGACUUUGAGACCCUACGGGCCAUGAAUCGGGCUGCACUGGAGAGUGGGGUGUCCACCAAGCAACUCACGGAGGCGGACCUGAGGAGGACAGUGGAGGAAAGCAGCCGCAUCCAGAGGGGCUACGGGCACUACUUCGACCUCAGCCUGGUCAACACCAACCUGGAGAGGACCUUUCGUGAGCUCCAGGCUGCCAUGGAGAAGCUGCGGACGGAGCCCCAGUGGGUGCCCGUCAGCUGGGUGUACUGAGACUGUUCAUGUGGACCUCACCCCUCUGGGUUGUGCCCCAGAACCCUGAAUUCAUCCCCUUCCCCAGCCAUGACCCCCAGCCCUGAUCCUUAGCCCUGAUCCCUGGUGGUCUGGCUCUCCCUGGGUGACGGCUCCUAGCAGGGCCUAAUCUGGCUUCAGCACAGAUGCGUGUACUGCCAAGGUGGUGGGUGUUCAUGGGGUACCUCUGUGCCCAGGUGCUGCCCACUCCCGAUGCCCACUGGCCUCCAGAUGUCCCUCUCUGAGGGCCAGGCUGUGCCCAGGAGUGUGUCAGGGUCACCUCUGUAAUGCUCAGUCCAGAGAAGAGAAAAGCUGCUAUGGGGCCAUGUGGUCGGUAGGUACACUGCCCCCUGCCACCUCUCUCCAGUCACCUUUUCUCCUUGGACUAGUAACACCCUCUCCAUUCCUGGGCUCCUCCCACCUCUCACCCCUGUGGCCUGGGAGCAGGCCUUGGGCUGUUUCCACAUGGUCCCAGUAGCCAAGCAGUCCUGGGCUAUGGUGCCAGCCUGGUGCCAUCCUGAAGGCUGGAGGAGCCAAAGCACGAGCCAGCUACCACAGCCAGGGAGCAGUGCCGUCCCAGCUCCCUUGUAAUGAGGCGGGGUCCUACACGUGGACCCUGCCCUGUCCUUCCCUCAUCCACAGCUUUUCACUGCCGAAGUCUCUCCACAGACUUCUCUGAUGUGCCCCGGACAGGUCAGCUCUGCUCCCCGCAGGGCAAGGUCAGCAGGGGUUGGUGGGCUCAGCGAAGGUAGGGGUGAGCUGAAGCCUGAGCCGUGUGACAGGGAGCCUUCUACUACUGACCAUGGCCCACGAUGGGGCACAUCUGGGCUCCCUGUUUGUGACCAUUGUCCAUGUUGGUCUCUCUGGAGGGGUCCAGGUGGCCCGCUCACAUCAGGUCUGCCUGGGUGUUUGAGGGGCUGAGGAUGCGUGCAGAGGGGAGCUUGUGAGCUGGCCAUGGAGCAUGUGGCUGGCAGAGGACAUCUGUGCUCUAGGCGGCUCCUUGUUGUUCAACUCCAGGGGGCGCUAUCCACACUGUUCCUGCCUGCACAGCUUCUGUUCCACAGGCUGGGGCACCUGGUCUGUGUCUGUACUGUUAGCGUGUGUGUCAGUCUUGGUUUUGGGAGAGGAGAAGCGAAGGGUUGUUUUGCUUUGGAGGUCACUCUUUGGGGCCCUUUAUGGGGGUUCCCCAUCAGCCCCCAUUUCUUAUGAAACCCUUAUUCCAGAUUCCAGAAUCUUGACCCCCCAUGUCUUUCUCCCCUUUCCUAUUGUCACCCCAUCCUAAAUGACACCCUUGAGUCCUUGGGGAGGACAAUUGUGUAAAAUAGGAGAAUCUCUUUUAAGAAUGCCGUCCUCGACUUCCCCAGGCAUCUGGCCCUUGUCCCUCUCUGUGAGCCUGUCUGGGGUGAACCUGUCCUUGCAGGGACCACCCCCUCAUCCCCACCACCUGCCCCUGUGCUUCCCAGUUCUCUGAGUGUCUGAUCCGACUUCGCUGCAGGUUCAGCCCGAGCUGGCCCCUGAACCACUGUGUGCCCAUUUCCUAGGGAAGGGGAGGGAGAAGAAACAGAAUAUUUAUUACAAAGUUAGAAAUAUAUUUAUUAUAUUAGGGAUCUCAUUUGCAUUUGCAUAAGAUAUGCAAAUGAGAUGUCAAGGUCAAGCCUGCUCCCAUCUCAUUUGCAUAGCUCUGCAUCCACUAUGCAUUCGCCUUUUUACUCCUCUUUUCCCUCAGUUCAAUUCUUCCUUGCAUCACCCUUACCCACAGCCCAAGGGGACCAGGAGGGGGAGGAAAACCGGUUGCCGCUCUCCUGCUGGUCAGAGGCAAUGGUAUCCUUUGCCAGUUCCCACCUUACCUGGGGCACUUGGGAGUAGAAGCAAAGAAGGCAUCUUCAGAUGCAGCCCCCCCAACCCUUGGUCAACCUCCAAAGUCCCCUGAUGGAAACAGCAUGCUCUGAUGGGGGUGGAGGGAGCUGGGGGCUGGGCAUCUUGCUGAGGAGUUGGCUCCUGGCCCUGUAGGGCAGAUCUCCCGUGUUGAUGCUGUUCUGGCACCUUCACAUCUAGUGAUGCCCUGGAGGCAGGGCUGGGUCCCCCCUCUCCUGUCUUCAUCCCUCCCUGAACUGCAUCUUACCUCCCCUACACAAGCCCCACUCCCUGGCCCAGGGCUGGGUCGGAACAGGUGUCACCCACCAUGUUACCUCUCUGACCCUAUCCUCCUUCCCUGGCCGCUUGCAUUUGAGGAACCUCGGGAUAAUGAGGACUCUGCCCCGCAUUGUCCACACUCCGUGCCAGCCCUGUUGCCUUUCCCCUCUCCCCUCCCUCAGCUUUUGCUCUGACUGGUUUUCUUUCUUUUCCUUUGAUUAAAUGUGAAAACAAAG